GGCUCUCUAGGUUGCGCUGGGGUGAAUGCGGCAACCAACAGUGAAGAUUUACACGGAAGCAAUGCUUCUAUAUAUGGGCCCUCACACUAACGAAUAUGAAUGUAAAUCAGCGAACAUGGUUAACGGACAGAUGCUCAUUGAUCAAGCCAACCAGAUCGAUAAAUCUGAGUUAGACAUCAAAGCCGCAAAAAUUGAUGUUGAACACCAAGGCGAGGGGGCCAUUCAUGUCAACGACACCGUCAUCCCAGGGUGUGAUUCUAAGGAGCCUGAUCUUGCUGACAUUGCAGUUCUGAAAAUGGGUGUAAUAGAUCGUCCCAGACAGACAAUGACCAAGUUUGAGAGGAUGAAACUUGAUAGAAAAUUACGACUCCCCGACAGGCUGAAAGGUAACCUUGGUAUUAACCACGCCGGCUAUGAGUGCACUUUUGGCCCGGGGGUAGAUGAGUUUGGGGAUUGUAUGGAAGGCCCCGACAAAGCGGUCGUUGUGAAUGUUAAUUCAGACCUCUGCAAGAGCCACCACCUUGAGGCCCCUUGCAUUGACAAGGAUGGAGCUAGAACUGACCAUCAAAGCACUCAGGUGCAUAACACACGCCAUGUUUCUGAUUUGUAUAACAAGGAAAAUAUCAAUCCAAACAAGUUUAUUGGUGAAUUAAACAUUGUUCGUAAUAACCAGGAUAGAGGUCGUUCGGAAUCUUAUAAGCAAUACAACAAUUGA